GUCAACGGCGGCGGGCGGCGCGCGUGCUCGCCAGGGCUGCCUGGGUGGGUGCGCGCCGCCGAGGCCGCCCCACCGCCGCCCCCGGCGACCGUCACCCGCGGAGGGACGGCGCGGCGCCCCCCGGCUCGGCGGCUGAGGGGGGACGCCGGGGAGCGCCGCUUCGCCACCUCCUCCUCCUCCUCCUCCUCCGGGCAGGAUGGUGGACCUGGACAGCGAGGUGCCCCCGCUGCCGCCGCGGUACCGCUUUCGGGACCUGCUGCUGGGCGAGCAGGGCUGGCAGAGCGACGACAGGGUGCAAGUUGAAUUCUAUAUGAAUGAAAACACAUUUAAAGAGAGACUAAAGCUCUUCUUCAUCAAAAACCAAAGAUCAAGCCUGAGAAUACGAUUAUUCAAUUUUUCUCUCAAGCUACUAAGCUGUUUCUUAUACAUAAUUCGUGUGCUUCUAGAUGAUCCAGCACAAGGACAUGGAUGUAAGGAAUUAAACCGGAGUUGUUCUAAUCAAAACUACACACCUGGAACAAUUGAUUGGUCUCCUAUUAUUUGGGUGAAUCGAAGUUUGCCUUUAUGGGGAUUACAGGUUUCAGUGGCUUUAAUAAGUCUCUUUGAAACACUGCUGCUGAGUUACCUAAGCUACAAGGGAAAUAUCUGGGAACAAAUUCUGAGAAUACCCUUCCUACUUGAAAUAAUAAAUGCUGUCCCUUUCAUCAUCACGAUUUUCUGGCCAGUCCUAAGAAACCUGUUUAUUCCUGUAUUUUUAAAUUGUUGGCUGGCAAAGCACGCUUUGGAGAACAUGAUUAAUGAUCUUCACAGAGCCAUCCAACGUACACAGUCUGCAAUGUUUAACCAAGUCCUCAUUUUAAUAUCCACCUUACUGUGUCUUAUCUUCACUUGUAUUUGUGGAAUUCAGCAUCUGGAACGAGCAGGAAACAGGUUGACUCUCUUUGACUCCCUUUAUUUCUGCAUAGUGACAUUUUCCACUGUGGGCUUUGGGGAUGUUACACCCAAGAUAUGGCCUUCAAAGCUGCUUGUUGUCAUUAUGAUCUGUGUUGCUCUUGUGGUGUUGCCCAUACAGUUUGAACAGCUGGCAUACUUGUGGAUGGAAAGACAAAAGUCUGGUGGCAACUACAGUCGACACAGAGCUCAGACGGAAAAACAUGUUGUGCUGUGUGUCAGCUCCCUGAAGAUUGAUUUACUUAUGGAUUUCUUAAACGAAUUCUAUGCUCACCCCAGACUGCAGGACUAUUAUGUCGUCAUUUUGUGUCCUACUGAGAUGGAUGCUCAGGUCCGAAGGGUGUUACAAAUCCCAAUGUGGUCUCAGAGAGUUAUCUAUCUGCAAGGCUCAGCACUGAAAGAUCAAGACCUGUUGAGAGCUAAAAUGGAUGAUGCUGAAGCUUGUUUCAUUCUGAGUAGCCGCUGUGAGGUGGACCGGACAGCAGCUGAUCAUCAGACCAUUUUAAGAGCAUGGGCAGUUAAAGACUUUGCCCCAAAUUGUCCUUUGUAUGUACAGAUACUGAAACCUGAGAAUAAAUUCCACAUCAAAUUUGCAGAUCAUGUUGUGUGUGAAGAGGAAUUCAAAUAUGCUAUGCUAGCUCUGAACUGUAUAUGUCCGGCUACCUCUACAUUAAUCACACUGCUGGUUCAUACAUCUAGGGGACAAACAGCACCAUGGGAAGCUUUUCGACAACUAACUGGAACUAAGCAGACUUUAAGCAGAGAGAGUCCGCAAUCAUCAGAACAAUGGCAGAAAAUGUAUGGCAGAUGCUCUGGUAAUGAAGUGUAUCAUAUUAACCUGGAAGAAAGUACUUUUUUUGCUGAGUAUGAGGGGAAAAGCUUCACAUAUGCUUCUUUCCAUGCACAUAAAAAGUUUGGAGUCUGUCUGAUUGGUGUUAGAAAGGAAGAUAACAAAAACAUUUUGCUGAAUCCAGGUCCUCGCUAUAUCAUGAGUUCUACAGAUAUAUGCUUUUAUAUAAACAUCACCAAAGAAGAAAAUUCUGCUUUUAAGAACCAAGAUAAGCAUAGAAAAAGACAUGAAUCAAAAUUAUCGUAUCAUGGAGCUUCUAGGUUGCCUGUACACAGUAUAAUAGCCAGCAUGGGGACAGUGGCUAUCGAUUUACAAGACACAGGAUGUCGAACAUCCAGCGGACCUACACUAGCUCUUCCUUCUGAGGGAGGUAAAGAGGGCAGACGGCCCAGCAUAGCACCUGUUUUGGAGGUUGCAGACUCAUCCUCACUUCAGACAUGUGACCUGCUAAGUGACCAGUCAGAAGAUGAAACUACCCCAUCGGAUGAUGAAGUCUCUGCAGGCUUAGAGUAUGCCAAAGGCUAUCCUCCUUACUCUCCUUAUAUUGGAAGCUCUCCCACAUUUUGUCACCUUCUGCAUGAAAAAGUACCCUUCUGUUGUCUAAGAUUAGAUAAGGGGUGCCAGCAUAACUACUAUGAAGAUGCCAAAGCCUAUGGAUUCAAAAAUAAAUUGAUUAUAGUUGCAGCAGAAACUGCUGGGAAUGGCUUAUAUAAUUUUAUUGUUCCACUCAGAGCUUAUUACCGACCGAAGAAAGAACUAAAUCCCAUUGUAUUACUCCUGGAUAACCCGCCAGAUAUGCAUUUUCUGGAUGCAAUCUGUUGGUUUCCAAUGGUUUACUACAUGGUGGGCUCUAUCGACAACCUAGAUGACUUACUAAGAUGUGGGGUCACCUUUGCAGCUAAUAUGGUGGUGGUGGACAAAGAAAGUACGAUGAGUGCUGAGGAAGACUACAUGGCAGAUGCUAAGACUAUUGUAAACGUUCAAACACUUUUUAGGUUGUUCUCAAGCCUAAGCAUUAUCACAGAACUAACUCACCCAGCCAAUAUGAGAUUCAUGCAGUUCAGAGCCAAAGACUGCUAUUCUCUUGCUCUAUCCAAAUUGGAAAAGAAAGAGCGGGAGAAGGGAUCUAAUUUGGCAUUUAUGUUUCGACUGCCUUUUGCUGCUGGCAGGGUUUUCAGCAUCAGUAUGUUGGACACACUGCUAUAUCAGUCAUUUGUGAAAGAUUAUAUGAUUUCUAUUACAAGACUUCUGCUGGGACUUGAUACCACACCAGGAUCUGGGUUCCUUUGCUCUAUGAAAAUCACAGAAGAGGAUCUGUGGAUUAGGACAUAUGCCAGACUAUAUCAGAAACUUUGUUCUUCUACAGGAGACAUUCCAAUUGGAAUCUAUAGGACAGAAUCUCAAAAGCUUACAACAUCUGAGUCACGAGAAACGGCUUCACAAUCUCAAAUCUCUAUUAGUGUGGAAGAAUGGGAAGACACUAAAGACACCAGAGAGCAAUUUAAUUAUCGCAGUAACCAUCGUAACUCAACAUCUAGUGAUCAGUCUGAUCAUCCUUUGUUACGACGAAAAAGCAUGCAGUGGGCCCGACGACUGAGCCGAAGAGUACCAAGACACUCUGGUAAAACGGCUGAGAAGAUAAGCCAGCAGCGAAUGAAUCUUUAUAGGAGGUCAGAAAGACAGGAACUUGCUGAACUUGUGAAAAAUAGAAUGAAGCACCUGGGCCUUUCUCCAGCAGGAUAUGAUGAGAUGAAUGAUCAUCAAAACACCCUUUCUUACAUCCUGAUCAAUCCUUCUCCAGAUACAAGAUUAGAGCUGAAUGAUAUAGUAUACUUGAUCCGACCUGAUCCCUUGGCUUAUGUUCCAAAUACAGCACCCAGCCGAAAAGACAGCUUCUGCAAUACAGUGGGACAAGAUACCAGGGAGGAAACACAACUUUGAUAUGUAAUUCAUCACAAAAUUAAGAGACACUUUUAUACACACACAGUUUCCACCAACCAUUUUGAAAACUGAGUGGUACAUUUUAUUCAGAUUCUGGAAUCAAAUUGACAGUGGGUAAGUCACCAACUUUAGAAACAUGAUCUCUAGAAAUUCUAAUUUUGGUGAUUGUCAAGCUUUUGGCCUGUUCAGUAUGGUAGUUGAACUUCAUCUUAGCAGAAUUGUGAAACUUAUGAUUUAACCAAUAUAAAGAAAUGAUGAAAGAAGUGAUAGAUUCCAACAUAUGUUUCACUUAGAAGCUUCUAUGCAUAUUUAUCAAGUUAACAACAUGCCAGUGACUAAGCUCCUGAUGUACAUCCUCAAAGAUUAUCUGAUGCCCAUAGACAGAUGAUGCAUAAUUUGUGGCAGAAAAUAUGUUAAUACCUAAAGGCACCAAUGAGGCUGUAUGCAUCAAGAAUCCAGCCUUUGAGAUAAUAUUCAAGCCUAACUUGACACCUAUAUAUAUUAGAAAAGCCUAGUUUGGUCCCAUUGUCUCUAGGACUUCAGUGUAUGUUCUAUGGGCUUACAGAAUGACACAGCUUAGUCACACUCAUUGAGGUUCAGAUCUGGGGCACAUCCACUCAAAAUUUAGCCCAGAGGAGCCCAUCUGGAAGAAACUCCCCAUCAUCUCACACAGGCAUUUCAAAAGGUAGCAUUUUGUAGAGCAACUGAAGCAGAACCCUUUUAUUAGGGAUACAGAAACAGCCCCCCCUAUCUGCAAAACCUGGGAAGGAAGUAUGUGAAACUGCAAACAAUGGUAGCUCAGGUGAAAAAUGACCCUUUUAACCUCAGGGAGGUGUCAAUGAGAAGCCUUAGUAGAUAACACAGAAGAGAGAACAUCUCUUUAGGAAACGAUUCAUAUCACAGAGCCUUCUUAUCUCCACGAUGAUGACAGAACUGCAACUGUCCAAAGUAUGCAUAUGUCCAGUCAGAUUACCCAAAUGUGAUAAAUUUUAUAUGAAAUUAUGUAUCAUGUUGAAAAUGAGAGAAACUUAUUACCCAGCCAUAAAACAAAUGGAAUACUGCAUUACAUGAAAAAGCACCAUGGAUUUGAAGGUUCGAUUUUGGCAGUAAGUACACAAGAAAGCACCUACUAUUGUACCAAACACCUGAAGCUGCUACAGAAUCUUCAGUCUACACAUAUAAGAACCUCAGAAGUUUUGCUCAAAUCUUCUACAGAGGAAACACGACUGUGCAUGAUCUUGCAAAAUCAUAUGCUUGCUUUGCCAUCAAUCACAAAGGGGGAAGAGCAUCCUUGAAGUAAAAACCCUACUGCUACAACAAUCCAACUGCACAAGAAAUUUGACAUGCAGACUACAGUGAAAAGACAGAUUAUGCUUUGGAUUCCCUUGAUGUCUUACAUGUACAAAAAUAAUCCACUCAAAAAAAUAUGUUUUCUUCUGUAUUAUUCAGAAAACCAACUACAUGGCAGAUUUUGUUCUGAAAAAUAAAAUGCCAAGUUGCCCAAAGAAAACCUCAUUGAUGCAAUUAUGCUUAUAAGCAUUGCAAGAAUGUUGAAAUCAAAUCACAUUCAUAUUAAGAAUUACAUAUUAGGAAUUUCUUCUCUUCCUCUUAAUUCUUCUGAAACUUAACUGUUCCAUAUGGCUUUAAGAUUACUGACUUACAAGAAAACAGAGGACUUAGAGUAGACUGAAGUUGUCAGAACACUAGCACAAGAACAAGAGUUCCAGUUCUAAGAGGAAAUUUCACUACUGAAAAUUAGUACGACUACUAUUCACUACUGAAAAUCAGUACAAGUAUAGGUUCUAUACAUAUCUAAUAUAAGGAUCAAUGGGCAUAUAUAAUUCAUUUUGACAAAUCAGUUAGAACAAAAGUAUAAGUUCAUUUUUCAGUUGUUCUCACCUAUUAGAAGUUAACUCUGAAUUUUGCUGCCUCCUACAUCAGUAGGCACAUUUGCAAGCUACCUGUUCUGUUUGGGGACAGGAGGGCAGGCAGAAUAUCUUCAGCACUUCAAUUUUCUCUACUUAGAAGGGAAAUUCAGUGCCAAUGAAAGGACUUUCCUAGAAUGCAACUGAACCAUCGAUUGCUUUACUGAAACGACUUUCCUUAGUGACAAUUUUAAUUACUUACUGGAUAGACUGUUGGUUUCUAGAUAGAUGCUUUAAUAAAAAACACAUAUUGCUUAUGCUUCAGUAUUUAUACUAGUUUGCCUAUGAAGCAGAUAAAUUAUCCAAAUAAAUUAUUCAUAGAUGCUACCUACACUUAGAUCUCUGAAGUUUGGUAUAGACUAUUGACAAUGACAGGAAGUCUGCUUAUAUCUAGGAUAUACCUAUAUCCCACAAUAUGCUAGCCAGAAAGGUAGUAAGUUAUCUAAAUCUGUAUCAGAGCCAACUACUGCCUAAGCAAGCACCGCUUCAGCAAAACCAAACUUCAUAAGAAUAAUUGUUUUACUACAUAUGAAUGUGGAACAUACUACGUAUGAAUGUGUAUGAACCCUGAAUGUGUCAAGGGUUAGUUAAGCAGAGCCCAAAGCAGAAAUGCUAAGGAACCUGUGUUUUUUCCACAGUGGCUGCCUGUGGAAUCAUUGAAAUUCAAAUAAUGCAGAGCUGCCAGAAAGCGAUAUUACACUAAAGUUUUUUAUAUGGGUCUCAUGUCAGGCAUCCCCCCCCUCCUCCCCCACUACUUGUCUUCAGGCCUGUUCUCCAACCAUACACACAAGAUGAGGUUUCAUGUAAGAGGGCCUGGAAACAGUCUCAUUAUUAAUUGGAGCCAGAAGUAACUCAUUCCAGUUAGGUGUCCAGAGGCCAUGAAUGUAGAAGAGGCAGGAAACUAACUCUACUCUGAGUCAGCCAUUUAUACAAAAUUAGGAGAGCUGACAUGCUGUCAGCUAGAGACAGCAUGUAGGAAGUAGAUCUUAUCACUCUCCCAAGAUGCAAGAACUGUUGAAUCCAGUGUUUAGAUUAAUAAGCAUUGAGAUUUGAAAAUGUUUUUACUUCCUACCAGACACCUGAAAUGAAAGUAGAAUAGAACUAUGACCACCUUUUAAAUGUUUAUAAACAAAAAUAAACAGAAGGUGGGGAGAUUCACAACAGGAAAAUAGCUCAAGCACACAGGAGACUGCCUAGCAUAAGUCAUGCCUAUCUUCUCAAUCUGACUCCUCAAAAAACUCAUGUUAAGUAGAAUUAGCAUGUAUUCAGUUACAAUCUCUGCCACAGAAGGUAAUACUAGCCUUAGGGAACGAAUGGUCAGUUACAGAAUCAUCUCUGUCUUUUUAUCCAGCUGGGGCCAGCUCCUGAGAAAGUUCCCCUACCAAGAAGGAAAAUUGCUAUAAGAGUCAGAAGAUGAGGAUUGUCAAAUUCAUUCAAGACACUGGUCUGUUCUGUGGCAUAGGGAAAUCUUUCAGCAUGCGAUCACGUGUACUGGAAGUGACUACAAUGCUGUAUUCAGACUAGCCUGGAUAGUGAUUUAAAAUCAGUCACCAAGACAAUUCUGGAGAAUAAACCUCAAUGCAUAGGUAUUUGUCUGUAAGCCACAGGCAUCUGCUAAAGACAUCUUACAGAAAUAUAUACACAUGUAGUCUGUGCUUUUUUGCCUUUUUUAAUUUAUAAGAUUUCUGGAUGAAUUAGCUCAAGACCAAUACGUUGAAGGGAGAACAGAAAGAAGCUUUCUGUUGCAGAAGCUUUUCAAUAGAAUAAUGUUUUGAGACCUCAGGAACCACAAAUCACCAGCUGGGUCUUCUGCAUAACCAGCAAAUAAAUGGCAGCUGAACCAGUUGCAGGACAUUAGCCCAUCAGAAGAAAACCUUAUGGUGUACACAUGGGUAAGACACCACUGAUAACCCAAGAGAAUUUUCACAGAAGCAGUUUGAACAAUGCUUACAAGUUACUUAGAGCUUGCCCCAUUCACAAUCCACCCUUUCCUCCAAGGGAAAGGGUCAAUAUUCUAAAUCAAAAGACAUGCAUUUGUUACUGCUUCCAAACUGAUUCUCUAACAAGCUAUGGAGGUAAACUCUCAUCUAUCCAUCCAAUUCAUCUCAGGUGCUAAGUGUUCCACUAAUAAACUACCUGAUUUUUUUUUUUUUCCUGUGCAGAUUCUCUGGCCAUUGCAGCUGUAUUUUUUUAUUUAUUUUAUUUUAUUUUAUUUUUUUUAAGCUGAGAAAGAGGGGAGGCACAGGAGAUGUUGAUUACUUUGUCUGUAACAGGGCUUGUUUCUGCAGAAAACUCCUUAAAUCACCAUGCAGAACUUCCUUAUUAUCAACUUCAACAGGAAAGAAAAAGACUAGGUAGAGGUACAAAUGAUAGCUAGAAACAUACAAAAACACUUUAUUUACCAACCCUUCUACUUCAGAUUUGGACUUUUUGAACAUUUACGAGCAACAAGAUUUAAGCAAUGUUUGAGUAUUUUAUGUAAUCUCCUAAUUCCCACCCCUAGUAUAAUUCCAUUGUUGCCAUCUGUACAGCCUCCAUCACAUUAUAGGGGCAAUUAAAAAAAUCCUUAAAUGCUUUUAAGAAAUGGUGAAUUCACAUUAAAUAAAGAGUUUAAUACAGUUGAAGACUAUUCAUUCAUAAUAAACUAACUAUAAACAUUUUAAUUAAGAGGAACCAGCCAAAAAAGACUUCAAAUAAUCCACAGGGCUUUGAGAUAUUCUGACAUACUUGACACUUGCUACAAUUUUACUAUGCUCCUGCUGUGUUUGUGGCUUAUGAAAUACUACUCUGCAUUUAGCAACUUCAGUUUUCAGGCUAACCUCUUCAAGUAAUUUAUUAGUAUGUCUAGAAGGAAAAGGAACGCAUUUCAGCUUAAGAACAGCUAAAAUGAUGAGUUCUCUCUGGGCAUCUUAAAAUCCUAUGCAAAUGUUUAGAAAAUAAUCCCGAUUACAAGUGUAAAUCAAUGUAAUAUCUGAGGCAAAAAGAUUACUUUUUAAAUUGAAUUGCACUGGAAAUUUUUCUUCUAUGCUUUUUGUGAAUACAUCCAUAAGAAACUGCGCUGAAUAGGAACUGUUGGAAUAGACUAUUGCUAUACACUAAACUAUACAAGUGGUUGUUCUAUGUCAGAUAAAACAUAACCUGAACAUUUAUACUUUUCUCCUUUCUAAGCAGAAUAAUAAUCAAAAUGCCAGCAAUUAUAAAGGCAAUUAUAAAAUCUAGUUAUUAAUGGUCUUUUCCAAAGAUAAUUUUAAGUUACUUAUGGAUGCAAAAUGUAUUACAUUUUUACCAGCCAACAUCAGAAUUAGAAGAUUAUCUCUGUUUACAUUUCCUGAGAUUAGUCUUACCUGAGUGCAGGAAUCUGUUGCAGAAAAAUUAUUUUGCCAAUAUCCUUGUAGUCACAUCAGUAAGAGUGCUUCUGAAAUAAUUAAGACUUUCUUGUAAAAAGACGGUUUCAAAGGAGAACUAUGCUGCUCAAACCUCCCCCAUAGGGAGUACAGCCUCCCCCAGAACUGUUUCUAGUAGACCAGCAACUCCAGUGCAGCCAGAGAGGCUGAACAAGCCCACAGCCCAGCCUGCAACAAAUGGACCUGAGCCCGAUCUCAGCUUGCACCACUCCAAUACACUGAAGGAUCUCCUAUGGGCAAAGGGGAGCUUGCAAGUUCCAGCCCGUGGACUAAAAGAAGUAAGGAACUCUAUCCCAUCUCCUAGCACCAGAAUACCUGUUUCCUGCCAUCAGAAUAUCAGAAGGCCUCCUAAGCCUUUCAAUUAGCAUUUUGAAAGAGUCCCCACUCAUGCCUAAAGAAUUGCACCACACACCCUUGACCCUUUACAGCUUCCUGCCACAGGGGCUCAAAUUAUCAUCACCUCUCUCCCGCUCCCAUAAGUUUACUCACCUCCAGUGAACCCAUAACACUUCAAAACUUCUCUACAACCCACAGCUUGCUUGUAAAUCACCCCAAUUAGAAGAUCUACCUGCAUCUACAACCAGUCUUAAAGAACCUGCACGAUGUCAUACAAAGGGCAUAUCUGUUUCAUCUGCAAAAUAAAAUCUAAAGAUUUCCCUUCAGUACAACAGUAAAAACAUGAAUUUAAAAUGCUUUUGUACCAUGACUAAUGUAGAAUCAAAUCUCACUUUUUUUUUUUUUUUUUUUUUUUUUUUUUUUUAGGAGCCUAUUGUUCAGGAAACAGAUAAAAAUGUUUAAAAAUAGCUUAGGAAAACCAUGUUACUGAAAGCAAGCAGCAUUUAACAGCUUGUUCUGUUUCUGGUGCCAGAUGCAUAUCCCUAUUUGUUAGUGCUCACAGUGCUCUAAUUGCAUAGUCAUAAUACACAUUAUCAAUUUGACAUACUCUGUAAACUUCACCAAAUAAGCACGUUUUUCUGGACUUAAUUAGAAAAUUUGCAUCAGCAAGUUUUGUCAGCUCUAGUACAGCAUCCUGAAUCAAGCCCUUUCUCACUAAGAAUCAUUAUUAUUGGAGUGUGUCUUGGUUCUCACCCAAAUGCUAUUGCAAUCAGAAUUUUAGCAUGCCUUAGAUAAGUUCCUACAAUCAUAUAUCACGUCACACAGUCAUAGGAUCACAGGAUCACGCUACCUGGAAGGAAGCUCAGAAAGUCUGCAGCCCCAUCCUCCUGCUGAAAGCAGGACCAGCUGUGAGCUCAGAUCAGGUUGCUCAGGGCUUUGUCUUGAAACCCUCCAAUGGUGGAGACUGCACAGCCUCCCUGAGCAGCCAGCUCUACUGCUUGCCAGUACUCAAUGGAAGAAAUUUGUUCUGCAUAUCAUCUGAGCUUCUCUUAUUUUAGUACAUGCCCUUCCUCUCUCAUCCUCUCACUGUACACCACUGGGCAGAGCCUGACUUCACCAUCUCGAUAGCCUCCCCAUAGUUACUGGGGGCUGCUGAUAGGUGCCCCCAAAGCCACCUCUUCUCUAGGUUGAAAAGCCCCACUCUAUCAGCCUUUUCUCAUAGGGCUUGUGCCUCACCUCAGCCUGAUAACAUACAGGAGUUGUUCAUGGAUUACAACUUUAAAUUCAACUUCAGAAGGAUCAAUUCUUCUAUGGUGGAGAAGUUAGUAUUACAGAACACAGAGAGUGGAAAGGACUUUUCCUGAUACAUGUGCUGAUGUGAAUAAAGUUGUACAAACAUUUAGCUUUUUGUAAGAGAGUUUGAAGAGUUCAUUAUUUUUUACUUUUUCUCGGAUAUGUAUGAUAUAUUUGCUGGGCAUUGUAUUAUAGCAACACAUUUUUUGCAUUGUACUAAAAAUCCAUCAAUAAAUAGGUUUCUUCAUUUA